AUGGACCAAGAAUUCCUCUUAUCUAGCAAUCUGGGCUUGCCACCGUCGUUCGGAUCUGCUCACGUCGGCGAAACCUUCUCCUGCGCGCUAUGUGCCAACAAUGAACUUCGGCCCGACCAGAACCUGAAGACGGUUUCCGGAACUCGGAUCCUUGCAGAGAUGCAAACUCCGUCACAGGCUGUGCCUUUGGAGCUCCAUGCCGCCGAGGGCAUAGCGGACGAGGACGGACCCGGGAGCGCCUUGCAGAGAAUAAUCCGAUUCGACCUGAAGGAAGAAGGCAACCAUGUCCUGGCCGUGAAUGUAAGCUAUACUGAGACCACAGGCGAUGGUCAAGCGACAAGCGGCAGAGUACGGUCGUUUCGCAAGUUGUAUCAGUUUCUGGCUCAGCCGUGCUUGAGCGUCCGGACCAAGGCCACUGAGCUGGAGACCGCGGAGGUUGUCGAUAAGACGUAUGGCCCAUAUGGCAGGACGGCAUUGCUUCGGUAUGUAUUGGAAGCCCAGCUAGAGAAUGUGUCAGACGCAGGAGUCGUUCUGGAGGAGACGAGGCUACAAUCGAGGCCGCCAUUCAAAUCGACUUCGCUCAAUUGGGAUGCUGAGGAGGAUAUUGAAGAUAGUGGGGAGCGCCCUUUGCUAAAGCCGCGCGAUGUUUUACAAGUCGCGUUCCUUGUUGAGCAACAAGAAGGCGUCUCAGACGGUCUGGAGGAUGUGAAGAGUAGUUUGAGGCGAGACGGACGAGCAGUUCUGGGCCAGCUCGCUAUUCAGUGGCGCACCACGAUGGGAGAACGGGGUGCUCUCAGCACGGGCAAUCUCUUGACACGACGAAGAGCAGCUUAG